GCUCCCGCAGCGCUUCCCCGAUGGGCAGUUUGCUGAGCGGAGUCAGCUUCAAGGAGCCCACCACGGUGGAGGACUGUGACUCGACCUGGGAGACGGAUUCGGAGCCGGAGCUGCAGGACCCAGGCGGGGAAGAAGGACAACCGCUGGAACAAGCGGGCGGUGGCGGCGACGACCCAGCGGCUGACCGGCAGCAGCAACAGCAGCAGCAGUCAGAGGAACCGCUCCCUGCGGCAUGCAGCCGGCCGGAAGCCGCCGAGAAGCGCGAAGGGGCUGCUGAGGAAGAGGAGGAGGUGGUGGAGAAGGAGAAGGAGGAGGAAAAGGAAGGAGGAGACGGGGUGGCCGAAGAAGACGAAGCUGAGGGCAGGGAGCAGGGAGAGACCGAAGCCCCCGGGCCCGAACAGGGGGAUGAUUCAGUUGAUGUGACAGCUAAACCAAAGAGAAGUUUUUAUGCUGCAAGAGACUUAUAUAAAUAUCGUCAUCAAUAUCCACAGAAUUUUAAAGAACUGAGAUACCAGAAUGAUUUGUGCAACCUCCGCUUUUACAAGAACAAAAUUCCCUUUAAACCUGAUGGGGUUUAUAUUGAAGAGGUCCUGAAUAAAUGGAAAGGAGAUUAUGAAAAGUUGGAACACAAUCACACCUACAUACAGUGGUUGUUUCCACUCCGAGAGCAAGGACUGAAUUUCUAUGCAAAAGAAUUAACAACCUGUGAAAUUGAGGAGUUCAAAAAAACGAAAGAAGCGAUUCGAAGAUUCCUAUUAGCUUACAAAAUGAUGCUGGAGUUUUUCGGGAUAAAAUUAAUUGAUAAAACUGGGAAUGUAGCACGAGCUGCUAACUGGCAAGAAAGAUUCCAGCACUUGAAUGAAUCCCAACACAAUUAUCUGAGAAUCACCCGGAUUCUGAAGAGUCUUGGUGAACUUGGUUAUGAGAGUUUCAAGCCUCCUCUCGUGAAAUUAAUUCUACAUGAGGCUCUGGUGGAAGAAACCAUUCCCAACAUUAAACAGAGCGCUCUUGAAUAUUUUGUCUACACCAUUAGAGAUCGAAGAGAGAGGAGAAAACUUCUACGGUUUGCCCAACAGCACUACACACCUUCUGACCAUUUCAUAUGGGGACCACCAAAGAAACAGAAGCCAGAAGGGAGCAAACCAAGUAAAAAGCUGGCUUCACCAGUGUCCCUUCGCAACAGCUCUACUUGUAAGCAUAAAAAGACAAAAGAGCUCAAGAACGUAUCUGAAAUUUGUAACUCAAGGAAUAAAACAAAUGACGAGAAAAAAACAGAGCAUAUUAAAAACGGUACAGAUAGUGAUCAGAGUAAGAAAACUGGCUCACCUGAAGUUGUUAAGCAGAGCAGUAUGGUAAAAAAUAGUAGUGCUGAAUGUCACAACUCUAAAAUGGACAUUGUUGAGCCUUUGAAUCAGAAGGAGACUAUUUCUCACUUAAAAAAACAUAAAGGCAAAAACAAGGAAAACGUUAGCCAAGACUGUAAACAUUUGGAAGAUAUAGAAAAAGAUUCGUGUGAGACUAAAAAUGAUUCAACAAAUAUAUCAUCGGAUAUGCAAGACAAUAUAUGUAAGGAUAAAAACCUGGCGAGUUCAUCUGUAAGAAAUAAAGAGUGAAAUCUUCUACUGCAUAUGACAAAAUGGGUUUUCGCUAGUAGAAAAUUGUUAAGAAACAAGAGGUCUUUGGUACUGGAUCCAGUGCUGGCUACAUCAGCUUAACCUCGGUGGGGUUGUGGCUUCUUUAAUUUGUUUACGGUUUGUACUUCUCCCAGCUGUGUAUUAAGCUUACAAACUGCAUAUUGCUAAAGUCUUAA